UGGGACGGGGCCCCGCCUCCUCCGGCCCCGCCUCUCGCAGCCGCUUUUCCCGCCUCCGCCGGGCCGAGCGGCGGUCCCUCUGACAGUUGAGGAUGGCUGGGGCGGAGGGGCCCGCGGGGCGACAGUCGGAACUGGAGCCCGUGGUGUCGUUGGUCGACGUUCUAGAGGAGGACGAGGAGCUGGAGAACGAGGCGUGCGCCGUACUGGGCGGCAGCGACUCCGAGAAGUGCUCCUACUCUCAGGGCUCAGUAAAGAGACAAGCACUAUAUGCCUGUAGUACCUGCACCCCAGAGGGAGAAGAACCAGCAGGGAUUUGCCUAGCUUGCAGUUAUGAAUGUCAUGGAAGUCACAAACUAUUUGAGCUAUACACAAAAAGAAACUUUCGUUGUGAUUGUGGAAACAGCAAGUUUAAAAAUUUGGAAUGCAAAUUAUUUCCUGACAAAGCAAAGAUAAAUUCUGGCAAUAAGUACAAUGACAACUUUUUUGGAUUAUAUUGCAUUUGUAAGAGACCUUAUCCUGAUCCUGAUGAUGAGAUUCCGGAUGAGAUGAUCCAGUGUGUAGUCUGUGAAGACUGGUUUCAUGGAAGGCAUCUUGGUGCCACUCCUCCCGAGAGUGGGGAUUUCCAGGAGAUGGUAUGCCAGGCUUGUAUGAAGCGCUGCUCCUUCUUGUGGGCUUAUGCUGCACAAUUGGCAGUAACCAAAGUAUCUGCAGAGGAUGAUGGGUUGGUGCUGAAUGUUGAUGGAAUAGGUGAUCAGGAAGUCCUCAAACCUGAAAAUGGAGAUCAUCAAGAUAGUACCCUCAAAGAGGAUGUUCCAGAACAUGGAAAGGAUGCUGUCAAGGAAGUUAAAGCAGAACAGACUAGUGAACCCUGUACCAGCUCUAGUUCUGAAUCUGAUCUCCAGACAGCAUUUAAGAAUCAACAUCUCAACAUGGAAUCACAGUCUAGCUGCAAACUUCAGGAGCUUAAUGCUAAGCAGUUUAUAAAGAAAGACACUGCCACCUAUUGGCCCGUGAACUGGCGUAGCAAGUUAUGUACCUGCAAAGACUGCAUGAAAAUGUAUGGCGAGCUAGAUGUCCUGUUCCUGACAGAUGAACAUGACACAGUUCUGGCUUAUGAAAACAAGGGCAAGGUCGACCAAGCAGCUGACAGGAGAGACCCUUUAAUGGACACCCUUAACAGCAUGGACAGAGUCCAGCAAGUGGAACUUAUUUGUGAAUACAAUGACUUGAAGACUGAACUCAAAGACUAUCUCAAGAGAUUUGCUGAUGAAGGCACGGUUGUUAAGAGAGAGGACAUCCAGCAGUUCUUUGAAGAAUUUCAGUCGAAAAAGAGAAGAAGAGUGGAUGGGAUGCAGUACUAUUGUAGCUAGAGUGGGGGUUGGCGCCUUCUCAGCGCGGCCAACUCGAAGGCCAUUUACUGUGCCAGGAAUAAAAGAGGCGUAUCUCA